GUGUCAUCUCACUCAUCCCUCAUCUGCCAGAAAAGAAAAGAUCCGCCAUAAUAUUUGCGUGGUGGUGAAUCAACCGGAUUGCUUUUCGAGCACGUGGAAGUUAGAGACUGAUUUUCUCGGUUUUUUUUUGUGAGAAACUGAUCAUUUUUGUGAUUUCUUAGUGAAAACUUUUCGGAAAGGCGUUCGCGAACCGUACUAAGCAAUUUCCUGCUACCAACAAACCGAUUGUCUCUUCACCAAUAACCGUGGACCCACUAAGUCAUGGCCCCACACCUUCCUGUUCGCCAAUUGUUGACGUGGAGUCUUCCUUCCGUAGCCAUUCUUCUCAGCUACUUGUGGUACAAAAAGAGGAGAAUUGGAGCUCCAAGUGACAGUGGCGGAGGCUCAGAAGAGCAGAAAGUUAAUAAUACUGUGUCAGAUCAGACUCUAAUAGAAGAAGAAGAAGAAGAGGAAGAAACUCAAGAUCAAAUCCGCAGAAGAAAUUCUUCAGGACGAGACUCGGCCAAUCACAGUCCAUGCGAUUUGUUGGUGACUGCCAGUCCCAGUCUUAGUUUUAUUUCAGAUAAUCAUAGUGAAGGUUCCAAUGACAGCGGCAAAGGUUGCAGCGACGCAGCUACCCCACCGCCAUCUUCGCAAGCUGACAAUGUUUCCAUCAAUUAUGAAUUCGUUAUUCCUCAAAAUCUGGUUGGAAAAUUGAUCGGACGUCAAGGAGUUUUCGUACAGAGAAUCAAAGAGAAAUGUAAUGCUGAAGUUUAUUUAAAACUUAUUGAAGGCAUCAACAACGACACAAUCCUAAGCUGUAUGGUAGCACCGGAUCAUCUCUUCAUGCAACAGCCUACACAUCCUGCCUUCCAAAGUCUAGCCAUGCUCAGUAAUUGUAUGAAUCAUUGCUAUGAAAGUCAGCCUGAUUCGCCAUUAUUGCCAACUCCUAUACCAGAAAACACUGUUUGUGUAGCUUACUCAGAAGGCGCCUGGUACAGAGCUGUAGUCUUGUCCUCAGAUAAAGAAACUGAGUCGUCCUAUAUAAAAUUUUUAGACUAUGGUGGCUAUUGCUAUGUUGAAAACGACAAAUUAAGACAAAUCAGACAAGAUUUCAUGCUGUUGCCAUUCCAGGCUGCCGAAUGCUUUUUGGCCAACGUUAAACCGAAAACUGACAGGCUAAAACGAGAAAAAGAAAGUCUCUUAAAAGAGGCAGAAACUCUAGAACUUGAACUUAUGGCUGAAAAUAACCUCUUGAAAGGUGAACUGAACACACUUAAAGCAAAAAGUUGUUUGCCUACACAAAUUCAAAUUUCUACAGAGACACAAACUCACCACAAUAAAAUCCUCAUGUUGAAUAGUUCGUGUCAUACUCAGGAAUACCUAGAGGACACUGAAGCCAAGAUCGCUGAACUGGGGUUCUCUAGACAUGCCUUGGAGGUCCAGUCUCAGUUAAACAAAAGCGAGCUACUUAAAUCAGCUGAAGAAAUAUCUGAGUUUCAAACUAUAAACUCUCAAAUGCGCACUACAAUUGAAACUCUCAAUCAAGACAAUAACUUUCUCACUAAAGAAUUGGAGAGUCUAAAGCUAGUUUUCUCAGAAUCAUACCCUUCUGAUGGAAGAUCUGUCAUCGGGGCUGCUUCGGGGAACACCUUAUCCAGCGAACUUUCUGCAGCCAAUUCUAUGACACAAAAAGCGCAGAAAUUGGACCUAGAGGACACUGAGGCCAAGAUCGCUGAAUUAAGGUUCUCUAGACAUGCCUUGGAGGUCCAGUCUCAGUUAAACAAAAGCGAGCUACUUAAAUCAGCUGAAGAAAUAUCUGAGCUUCAAACUAUAAACUCUCAAAUGCGCACUACAAUUGAAACUCUCAAUCAUGACAAUAACUUUCUCACUAAAGAAUUAGAGAGUCUAAAGCUAGUUUUCUCAGAAUCAUACCCUUCUGAUGGAAGAUCUGUCAUCGGGGCUGCUUUGGGGAACACCUUAUCCAGCGAACUUUCUGCAGCCAAUUCUAUGACACAAAAAGCGCAGAAAUUGGACCAUGGUCAAACCGACAUUAGAAAGAUCAAGGUUCUUGUACUUGGUGACAUUAGUUCAAGGGGUGUAGCCACAGGGCUGCUCAAUCAAUUGAACAGGGAGGAGUAUUGUGUUUAUGGAGAAAAGGAUGGUACCUGGCCACAAGGGGCUUACGACCUGGUAGCCAAUACCACCAAAAGUUCAGUAAUCUACACCCAAAUUGCUGAUUAUACUCCUGACAGAGUACCCUUAGUUUUGUGUUAUGUUAUUCUUAAUUCAAAGAACGUGAUAUUUAUUAACCAAAAACUGGUAGAUGAAGGCUACGCAGAUUGGGUUGAGUUUGACGAGACUGCCUUGGCAUAAGCGCAGAAAGUAGCUGGUGAAGUAUGAUCCUUCACAGGCGUAAUUUUGUUGAUUUUCCUAUUUUUGUUUUAAUUUAUUAAUUGCUUAAUCAUAUUACGAUGAUACGAUAGGGUGUUUAUCAACAUUGAGGGUAAUUCUUACGUUAAAAAUUUCCAGAAGUUUGAUAUAUACCCUGUGUAAUAUGAUUUUGUUUUGUGCUAGGGGGUAGUGGAAGGGUGGAUAUUUGGUGUAUUAUUUCAAAGGUUUCUGACUCAAUAGCAUAUCUAGCACACUAGCCAUGUUUUAAGGUUAAAAAAAAUUGUUGAAAAUAUGCCAGCUUACCCUGGUUCUGAAAAUAGACUCGACUAGUUUUUUUUUAAACUGAUUCAAGUUGUUUUCCAUGAAUUUCAUGUGCUCCUGUUUUUUAAUGGGAGGGUCUGUAAUAAGAAUAAACAUGCAUCAUUUUGAUUGGGAUAUGUCUACAUAUUUCAUAUAAUAUGAGUUUUGUAUGUUUGUUACUUAUUUAACUAUGAGUUCCUAAGUAUCGAAAAAAAGAAUAUAUAAAUUGAAACAGAAUCAAAAACAAUUACUUUUUUUUUAUUAUAUUUCUGAUCUACACUAUUUCUCUUGUUUUCCAAAUUCCUUUUUUCCCUAGCUAUUCUCGGUUUUUGUACAUUCUCAGUAACAAUUCCCCAUAAUUUUUACUAAUAGUUCCCAAAAUUACUACUAAUUGUUUUUCAAAAUUCCCACUAAUAUUCUCCUCAAAAUUCCCACUAACGUUUUCCAUAAAUUUAUAUUAACAUUAGGAGCUUAGGAACUUAUAAAUCUAUCCACAGAUCCACACCAUACAAUUUAAUUUGACACCGGGUUCCACAACUGUAAUUUGUUAAACUUGAACUGAUCGCACUGUUGAUUUUAACUGUGAAUUUUUUUUUUGGCUGGUUACAGUUCUGAGUCGGAAAGGUUUGAAAUGAAUAUGUAUAUUGCUUUAUGUGCACAAAGUUUUAUGUGUGGUGUGUCCUGAAAAGCUUUACCCAAGUGAAGUUUUUUUGUAAAUAAUUUUAAGGCUUUUUUGAGCUGGUGCAUGUAUAUUUACAGGCAAAAAAAAUUUUUAAUAAAAAUUAUCCUUUGGUAAUUUUUUUUAGGUGCACUGUACAUAUUUUUUUACUGCGGAUUAGCAACAACUAGUUUUAUAUUUUAGUUUAACGACUGAUGAUAAUUGAUCCUAUUAUACUGGUGUGUCCCAGAUAUUAAUAAGGCUUUCAGCUCGGUUUUUAACUAAAACUAUUUCUCCCAUUAUCAUUUACCUUAGCUUAACAGAAAAAAAUAGGAAAUACUUAGACAUUUGCAUGAUGUAUCCUUUAUGUGACUCUGAUGGGGUUUUUUAUGUUUUAUUUUUGUUUGACUUUAUACUUUGGUUCAAAAUUGUAUUAUACUUUAUUUGAAAAAAAAAAUUAACCUAUAAUUUUGAGUAUUUUUUGCCCAUAGAUUAGUAAGGACUUUGUUUUCCUGAAUUGCAACAGUUUUUCAAAUAUGUAAACAAAAUAUUAGUUUUUUUUUUUGCCUCAACAUCAAAUAGGUGAAACUAGCUUUGGAAACAAAAAUUAAAAUCAAGACAAUAAAUUCGCCCAAUUUACAGUGUCCACCAUGAUGUUGGCUACAUAUAGAACAACUUUUUAUUUGUAGGAUUAUUUUAUGUGCGACCAAUCCUGCAUGUUGGAUAAAAGUGGGACUGGAUCGCAAAAUAUGCAAAAAAGGCAUUUGAAAAACUUGUUUAGAAAGAUAUUUUAGGGUUGUCUACAAGCAAAUACAGCAAAAAAUUUAAUUCCUUAUUUUUCGCCAUGGAAAUAAAAGUUUUUUUAGUUAAGUCCAAAGUGACAGCAUCUUUCUUCUUGGACAAUUCAUCCAGUUUUUGUGUUUUAUAAAUUUCCAAUUGUAGAUUUCUAACUUCGUAAGUUAGUGUGUGCAAUGCUUUGUUGCCGCGUCCAACCUCGAUAAUGCCGCUCUUUCUGCUCAGGGACAAAUAUGAGAACUUAUAUGUGUAGAGUUUCAUAAAUUCUGAAGUUACUAUGUUCCCUAGAAUAUGAUUCGGAAACGUCUCUUGAAAUUGUCCAUUGUCCAUUAUAUUCUCAAGUCGUUUUUGCGGGUAUACCAAAAAUAAACUAAAGCUCAUAUCUUGCGACUGUGAAGCGAACGCAGCACAGCUAGUUUCCUAUAUUAUUCGAUUGAAAAUUACCUACCGCACUGGGGACUCGAUCGGAACAGAAAAAAGAAAGUUCUCGAAGCGUUCUGAAUUACUAUCACCUGCAAGAACCAGAAAAAUAUUAAAUCUAAAAUCGACAGAGACACCAAGCUACCAGAAAAUGAUUCUUAUACAUUGUUUUAUGUAGUGAACAUUAUGGUGGACACUGUCUAACAUCAUCGCACCUUUUUAUUUAUGUACAUACACUGCUUGUAUACGUUAUAAUAAAUGUGUUAUUCUAUAAGAUUUCUUGG